CUUUUCUUUCGGUUUGCUGUCGUUUCGAUUUGUGCUCUUGAGAGAGACCACACUGUGAAGGAAAAUGUCUGUCAUAUCUUCUGUGAAUGCGAAAAAUCUUCAAAAACUAGCAGAUUCAAUUGCCAAACAUGUAAAGCACUUUAACAAUACUGAAGUUUUGUGUCUGGUCAAACUGUUCAAUGUGCUGAUGGGAGAGCAGAGUGAGCACAGGGUUGGAAAUGGACUGGAUCGUGGUAAAUUCAGGAACAUUCUCCACAACACCUUUGGAAUGACAGAUGACAUGAUUAUGGAUAGAAUCUUCCGUGCAUUUGACAAGGACAAUGAUAGCAACAUCAGUGUAAAAGAAUGGAUAGAAGGACUCUCAGUGUUUCUGCGAGGGACCUUGGAUGAAAAAAUUAAAUAUUGUUUUGAGGUUUAUGACUUAAAUGGAGAUGGAUAUAUUUCACGAGAAGAGAUGUUCCACAUGCUGAAAAACAGUCUCAUAAAACAACCAACAGAAGAAGAUCCAGAUGAGGGGAUUAAGGACUUGGUAGAGAUUACUCUUAAAAAGAUGGACCAUGAUCAUGACAGCAGACUUUCAUACGCCGACUUUGAGAAAGCAGUAAAAGAAGAAAAUCUCUUGCUUGAGGCUUUUGGAGCUUGUCUCCCUGAUGCAAAGAGUAUUCUUGCAUUUGAAAGACAGGCCUUCCAGGAUACCACAGAAAAUUAAAGACAAUAAAGACUGAAAGCAAGACUCUUAUGUGCACC